AUGGCCGACGCGCAGGUGAAGAAGCUCACGGACGAGAUCGAGCGCCUCGAGGGCGACCUCAAGGCGCUCGAAGCCGCGUGCACGACGUCCGAGGCCGUCAAAAAGAUUGCCGAAUUUUGCAACACGACGCCCGACCCGUUCCUUGGCGACAACGAGACGCCGAAUCAGUGGCAGGCCAACGCACAAGGCGGCGGCGGUUGCGUCAUACAGUGA